CGCUGCCAUGGCGGCAGCUCCGCCGCUCUCCAAGGCCGAGUAUCUGAAACGUUACUUGUCUGGGGCAGGUGCCGGCGUCGAUGGGGGCCCUGAUUCCGGUCGCAAGCGUCGCAGAAAGCGGCCGAAGCCUGGCGGGGCUGGCGGCAAGGGAAUGAGGAUUGUGGAUGAUGAUGUGAGCUGGACAUCUAUUUCCACCACUAAAGCGGAAAAGGAGGAGGAUGAUGAUGAUGGAGAUUUGCCUGUGGUGGCUGAGUUUGUGGAUGAGCGGCCGGAAGAGGUAAAGCAGAUGGAAGCCUUUCGUUCCAGUGCCAAAUGGAAGCUUCUGGGAGGCCACAGCGAAGAUCUACCCUCACACAGACACUUCCGUCAUGACACCCCGGAUUCAUCUCCCCCCAGGAGGGUCCGUCAUGACACCCCGGAUUCAUCUCCCUCCAGGAGGGUCUAUCACGACACCCUGGAUUCAUCGCCCCCCAGGAGAGUCCGUCACGACACCCCAGAUUCGUCUCCCCCCAGGAGGGUCCGUCAUGACACCCCAGAUUCGUCUCCCCCCGGGAGGGUCCGUCACGACACCCCGGAUUCAUCCCCCCCGAGGAGAGUCCGUCACGACACCCCAGAUUCCUCUCCCCCCAGGAGGGUCCGUCACGAUACCCCAGAUUCCUCUCCCCCCAGGAGGGUCCGUCAUGACACCCCAGAUUCAUCUCCCCCCAGGAGGGUCCGUCACGACACCCCAGACCCAUCUCCUCCCAGGAGGGCCCAUCGUGCUUCUCUGGAUCCUUCUCCCCUCAGGAAGCCUCAUCGUCACUCUUCAGGUGUGUCUCCUAGGAAAGCCCGUCACGACACACCAGAUCCAUCUCUUCCUAGGAGGGCCCAUCACAGUUCCUCAGAUAGCUCUUUUCCCAGAAGGGGCCGAAAUAGCUCCCCUGACACAUCUCAACCGAGAAGGACUCUUGACUCCUUGGACACAUGGCAGCUCAGGAGGGCCCACCAUGACUCCCCUGAUUUGGCUGCUAAUGCAAGAACCAGAAGCAGUAAAGCCCCGGAAAGAGCCUCCAGCAAAACUUCUCCACAUUGGAAGGGGCCGGGACCAUCUCAUGCAUCACUCCCAAAGAAAAGCAAGUAUGAGGAUAACUCUAACGUCUCUCCUCCACGAAAAAAGCAAGCAAAAUCUCAUAAGCAUGAUUCUAAAGACUCUUCCCCCAGCCAUAGGAAGUUUCACACAAGCUCUUCACCUAGGAGACAUCCGAGUCACACGUUGGAUUCUUCCUCCUAUGCAAGUGACAGUCGGAAAGCCUCAGAUUCAGAUCUUUCUCCUCCUCGACAUAAACAAAGUUCAGGGCACAGGGAUUCUGACUCAGAUCUGUCACCUCCACGAAAUAGACCUACACGUCGGAGCUCUGAUUCUGACCUGUCUCCACCAAGGAGGAAACAGAGGGUCCAAUCUUCUGAUUCUGAUCUGUCUCCACCUCGAAGGAGUCAGCCUCUAGAAAAGAAGGCUGCAUACAUGUAUUCCGGGGCUAAAACUGGGUUGGUGUUGGCUGACGUGCACCGAGAGGAGCAGGAGCUCAAGAAACGGGAAACCUUGGCGUUUGAAGCUGAAUCCCAGUAUGCUGAAACUGUAUUUCGAGAUAAAUCUGGCCGUAAGAGGAAUUUGAAACUGGAACGUUUAGAGCAAAGGAGAAAAGCAGAGAAGGACUCGGAGAGGGACGAGCUGUAUGCUCAGUGGGGAAAAGGGCUAGCCCAGAGCCGGCAGCAGCAACAAAACGUGGAGGACGCAGUGAAGGAAAUGCAGAAGCCUCUGGCCCGCUAUAUUGAUGAUGAAGAUCUGGACCGGAUGCUGAGAGAACAGGAGAGAGAGGGGGACCCCAUGGCUAGCUUUAUCAAGAAGAGUAAAGCCAAGGAGAAUAAGAAUAAGAAAGUGAGACCUCGAUACAGUGGUCCCGCACCACCUCCCAACAGAUUCAAUAUCUGGCCUGGGUAUCGCUGGGACGGAGUGGACAGAUCCAAUGGAUUUGAGCAGAAGCGCUUUGCCAGGCUCGCCAGCAAGAAGGCGGUGGAGGAACUUGCCUACAAGUGGAGUGUUGAGGAUAUGUAAUUUUUCUGAAGCUGUGGGGUGGCUGUGGGUUGUGGUAGUGGAUAUAGGGCAGCCAGACAUCCAGCUGUAACGGUUGUCUAUGCUAAUAAUCAGGUCCACACAGACCGGCAACUUGAAUGCCAGUUUCGACUGCAGAAGAAUAUUUUGAGACCUGAUGUUCGGACUGAGGCACCUGGCCUUCUUUAGGUGCUCCAACACUGGCUGUUGUUGGCCUUCAGAGGAAGCGCUGAUUUUUCAGUGUCCCAGGGUUUGUUCUUGGUUAGGGUUUUUGUUUUUUAAUAAACAUGCAUUUAUUUUUUCAAAA